AUGGAGUAUGAGCCCUUCGAAAAGUGUCAUUUUCGUGAUACCGUUGAUCUUUCGCAACACCUGCCACUGGAAAAUGGUUCCUAUAUUUACGAUGACAUCUUGAUAGAGGCAAAUCAAACCGCCUUCUAUAGACAUCAAUUGACGUUUCUCGAUAAAUCCGAAAAGACUGCGUUACACAGACGCGGCUGUGUUUGUGAUUGGUCCAAAGGCAGAGCGUGCAUGAAGCUGUGCUGUGAACGGGGUAAAUUCUUUAAUCAAACAUCACAUCGCUGUGAAAAACUGGCGCCUAAGCAGGCGAUGCCAACGGAUAUGGAGAUUUUACUACAGAAUAAAACUCGCACAAUUUGGAAUAUUUUCAAUCAUUUUAUUAUACAAAUCGGCAGGCCCUGUGAAAAACUUGAAGUCAUUAAAAUGCAUGUGGAUCCAUGGGUCUUGAAAGAGAAUGGCACAUUGGCUAUAGCUACCGAUAAUAUCACUUUGGAUACGGUGAAUUAUUGUAUAUCACCACAAUUGAAUAAAACACUCAACAAAACGACAUUGCUGGCCAUGAGUUGUCCGAUGAGAAAUGAUCCCUCACUUUCGAUGGUUUUGAAUACAUAUAUCUCUUUCCCCUCUUCUCACAAUCUACACAUUUCUUUAUAUAUUAUUUCUUUCAGUGUAUUUAUCAUACUGCGACUAUUCCUAAUUAUGGGCAUAUGCUGGAUAAUGGACAUCAUAUCGUAUUGUUGUCGCAAUUACAAAGUUUUGGAUUUUCUUUUUGGCAUAACGGAUUUUUGUAAUGCCUCACAGGGUGUUUUAAUAUUUUUCAUGUUUAUAUAUCGUCGCGAGGUGUUGAUUGCACUCAAGGAACAGUAA